AUGCUGGUGGGCGCCAGGCUCCAGCGGCGGCGGCGGCAGCUGCAGCACCAGCCCCGCCGGCGGCAGCCUCUCCUCUGGCCGAUGAAUGCAGACCCGCCGCCGCCGCCGCCGCCCUGGGUUUGGAUGGUGCCCGGCUCGGCCGGGCUGUUCCGGCUGGGCGCGGGGGUCGCGGCCCCGCCCGUGCUGCUCGCCUCGGCGCAGCCCCCCGCCGGCCCGCUGCUCCCGGGGCUGCCCGCCUGGCAAGCUCCCGGCGAGACCCUGCUGCCGCUGCCGCCGCUGCCCUCUGCGCCAGACCACGCCGCCGCCGCCGCCGCGCACCGCUACCCCGUGCUCCACGGGCAGUGGCUGUUUGGUGGUCAUUCCCCAUCGAUUGGACUGUCCCCCACUUCCUCUGUGGAACUGGUGCCCAUUUUCCCACAUGUCUGCACAUCCGCUCUUGCACUUCCUGUUGGGAAAAGCUGGAUAGACAAAAGGAUCCCUAAUUGUAAGAUCUUUGUAAAUAAUUCCUUUGCUCUGGACUCAACGUGGGUGUAUCCUGAGGAAUCAAGGUUGUUUCAUGGGCACCAAAAGCCUCAGCUAUGGACAAACCAAGUGGCCGUGUCUCUGUCCAGACCAGCCCCUGCCUCCAGGCCUCUGCCCACAGUGGUGUUAGCGCCUCAGCCCCCACCAGGUGGCUCUCACAGCAGCCUUAAGCCCGUGGGCAGUGGCCCCACCGUGGCCAUCGCAGCCGCCACCGCAGCCGUGGUCUCCGUGGACCCCGAGGGGCUCGGGGGCCCGCCCCCCUCCAGGACGCAGCCCUGCCACUUCCUGACCCUGGCGCCCAUCAGGAUCCCCUUGCGGACCGCACCCUUCCCCGACAAAAGCAGAGAGCGCAGCCGGGCGCCCUGCCCCCCAGCCCUGGUGCUACACGCAGAGAGGAAGAGCCCAGCGGGGGAUGGAGAGGACAAGGAGCCUCCGUCGAUCCUGGUGACCAGCGAGGACAGCACGCCCAAAGGCACAAGGCCCGUGGCAUCCACCCCGGUGCCGGGAUCCCCCUGGUGUGUGGUCUGGACGGGAGAUGACCGAGUUUUCUUCUUCAACCCGACGAUGCAGUUGUCUGUCUGGGAGAAGCCGAUGGACUUGAGGAACCGCGGGGACCUCAACAGGAUCAUCGAAGACCCUCCCCACAAGCGCAAGCUGGAGGCAGCAGCAACCGAGCCCAGCGAUGGAUCGAGUUCUGAAGAUGGCAGGGAAGACCCAGAUGUGAAAACCAAGAGGAAUCGGACGGAAGGCCACGUGAGUCCCAGGCCCCAGGAGGCAGAGAGACAGGACGCGGGCGCCAAGACACCCCCGCCCCAGAUCCUUCUGCCGCUGGAGGAGCGAGCGACCCACUUCCGAGACAUGCUUCUGGAGAGAGGGGUGUCAGCGUUUUCUACCUGGGAGAAAGAAUUACAUAAAAUCGUGUUUGAUCCACGCUAUCUCCUGCUGAACUCGGAGGAGCGGAAACAGAUAUUUGAACAGUUUGUCAAGACAAGAAUAAAAGAAGAAUACAAGGAGAAGAAAAGCAAAUUGCUGCUAGCCAAAGAAGAAUUCAAAAAGCUUCUAGAGGAAUCUAAACUGUCACCCAGGACCACAUUUAAGGAGUUUGCUGAGAAGUACGGCCGGGAUCAGAGGUUUCGACUCGUCCAAAAGCGGAAGGACCAGGAACAUUUUUUCAACCAGUUCAUCCUUAUUCUCAAGAAGCGGGACAAGGAAAACAGACUCAGGCUCCGGAAGAUGAGAUGA